UCUCGGCCACUCGCCAUCAGCUGGAGCCGGCUGCCGCACGACGCCCGUACGUGCAGGCGGAGACGGUGGUAGCGCCGGCUGCCGCCGCCGUCCAGACCGCUCGCCGGCGUCGCCGCUUGCUUGGCUCCACCCCCUCGACCUCGAGACUUGAGAGGAGGAGGGAGAGACAAAGAGGUGACGUCAGCACGGCACGGGUCGCGACCCCGACCUCUCCCCCAGGCGGCGCGGCGAAGCCGGCGUCGUCUUCAUCGCCUCACCAUGCCGCACGCUCGCUCCGAUCCGGGGAUGAUGAGUGUUGUGCAGGCGGUGGAGUCGGGCUUCCGCGGCGACGCCGAUGCUUGCCGUGGGAGGAAGCGCGUGAGGGUGUUGCUGCUCGAGGAGGCAGGGGAGGAGGACAUGGAGGAGAGCACGGCGACAGCGUCCGGCGAUGCGCGAGGGGAUUUGGUCCGAUGGUUUUCGGAACGGCAUCAGGUGGCUUCCUGCAGCGGUGGUGACCAGACGCAAGGCGCUGGCAUGUUUGCUGCAAUGCAGGAAAACACUUGCUCUGUCGACAGCAAUGGCGUGGUGUAUCCGCAGUCUGACCUACGGUAUUCAGCUGGCCAGAAUGGGACACAUGGUGAUGGGUAUGUGCAGAACCAGACUUUGGAAGGCUGCAUGUACAUGAAUCAGCAUGGGCAGAUGUGCGGCCCUUACUCACCCGAACAGCUGUAUGAGGGUUUAUCCACUGGUUUCUUGCCCCACGAUCUUGCUAUUUAUGCAGUUUUUGGCGGGAAAAUGGCGAACCCUGUGCACUUAAGUUUCCUGAAACAGUUCCUUUCGCAAUGGAAUUCCAAUGCUGCGGUCGACACAAGAAACAAAUCAGCAGGGAAUAAGAAACUGGCUUCUGUUAGCAAAUUGCUUCUUCCGGAUGCUCUUUUGAGUGAAGAAUCAUGUUGGAUGUUUGAGGAUGCAGAAGGCCGCAGACAUGGCCCACAUUCUCUUGCUGAACUUUCUUAUUGGCAUCACAGUAGCUAUCUACAUGACCUUUCAAUGAUUUACCAUGUCGACAGCAAGUUUGGCCCAUUUACUCUUGUUUCACUAAUUGAUUGGUGGAGUGGAGGUGCAGAACGUUCAGAAUCUGCAGCCAAUGAUUCUGGGUCGCUGAACGCUUUAAUGAGUGAUAUAGUUGAGGAUAUAAGCCAUCAGCUGCAUGCUGGAAUAAUGAAAUCAACCCGCAAAGUUUUUAUUGAUGAAAUAUUUAGCAGCGUACUUCCUGAAAUUAUUGCUUGCAGGAAAACUGAGAAGCAAAUGGCUGCAAAACUUAAGAGCCAAGCUGCUAAGACUGACAAUGUGAGCAACAAGAAUGCUUUGGUACUGAUGGGCAAGGGUGAUGGAACAUCUACUCAUCCAAAAAAACUAAACUCAUUUAAUAAAGUACUAGGAGAUCCUUCUGUGGCUGCUCAAUCAACUGCAUUACAAUAUGAAUUUGCUGAUAUAUUAUCGGCAGUAUGGACAGCAAUUUAUAAUGAAUCAAUGAAGAGUAUCUGGGAUGAAGUACUGUACGAUCCUGUCAUGGACUACUGUGAUGCAUGGCUAAAAAGGAAAAAUGAGUCAAACCUUCUCUCUACAGUUGUUCUUGGAACCUCUAAUAACCAAAAGAUGCAAGCCACAGAUGAAAUGCCACCAAAGGCAAUUUGUGAUUCAGAUGCUCCUGAUGGCGACAUGGAUUUCCCACCAGGAUUUGGACCAAACCGGGAGUCUACUGAGCAUUCCCAUUCGGUGUUCUUGUUUGGUGUUGAACAUGGUACUGACAAAACAAGUGGGAAGUCUGAAUCAAGUUCCACAUUGUUUUCUGGCCCGUUGAGACGAGUCCAGGUAAUGCUGGCAAAUGAACUAUAUGUGGCGGCAAAGGAAACUUUGUUCCAACAUUUCAGGGAGGUCAUUGCAGAGGAGAUAACAAACUAUUUGUGCUUUGGACUUGAAGAUGACAUUAAUCAAGAAAUAAUUUGCACCCCUGUUCAUGCACCAGAACCAUCCAGUCCUGGAAUAUCUGGGCAUGAAACACCCUUUCCUGCUGAAAUGGCUCAAGAUAGUCCUGCUCAAAUGGCUCGAGAUGAAAUGUUGGAUACGGCUGAAAUGGCUGUAGAUACACUACCCUGCCCUGCUGAUACUACGGCAUCUGGAACAUCUGCUGUCCCUGAAGUGACAGGAGAUGAAAUGAUCAUUUCUUAUGUGGGAAAUCAAUUGUGCUCUGCAUCUUAUGCAAGUAUAUUUGAAAAGCUGGAUGUACAUGAUGAAGCUGUAUUGGAUGAGAGUUUUGAUGAGGUGCCUCCUGGAACAGAGACUGGCUUAGCUUCACUUGUUAUUAUGGACAAAAACAAAUACCAGCCCUCAAAAUCAGUAGGCUCAGUGCCGGAAAUUUAUAGAUAUACUAAUUGGGCUCUCUUCAGGCAAUUACUGCAUGACAGUGUAAUGAAAGAUUGGGCAUCGCUCUUCUCAGUUGCUCUUAACAAUUGUCUUGAUUCAUGGUACACCAGGAAAAAUACUGUGAGUAAAACCAUGGAUGAAACAUCGAGACCCAAACAUUAUACUUACUACAGGAAGAGGAAAUUCAGGAAAAACUGUGAAGCAGCAUCAUCUGAAAAACCAAUGGAUGAUCAACUCUCCAGACCUCUAUGUGAUCUCGUUGAACGCAAGGGUAAUAUGAAAAAUAUCCAUGGAUCAAGCAAGGCAGGGAUUUCACAGAGAGUUUCUGUUGUGGAUAAGCCCUCUAAAAAGCGUGCCAAACCUUUACAUAACAAUGAUAUUAAUUUGAGUAUCCAGCAGGACUUGAAACUCCUUUCUAACAAGGUUCCAAAGAGUGACAGGUCUUCCCAUCCAACUAGUAAGCCUUUUGUUAAUAACAAAGUGCCUGCUGAGAAUAGAACUACAGCAACAAUGCCUGGAAAGAAAAGAAAGCAAAAAAACUUGCCCAUUGAAUCCAAUCUGAAGGCAAAAGCAUUGAUUUUAUCUCCAGAAUCACAUGGUUGUGAGGCACCUAUUGAGAAUAGAACUACAUCUACAAUGCCUGUAAAGAAAAGAAAGAAAAACUUGCUCAGUGAGUCCAACAUGAAGGCAAAACCGUUAGUAUUAUGUCCAAAACCAUAUGCUCGUGAAGCACCUAUGGAGAAUAGAAAUACAUCUACAGCGCCCACGAAGAAAAGAAAGCAGAAGAACUUGUCCAAUGAGUGCAACUUGAAGAAAAAACCAUUGGUUUUAUUUCCAGAAUCAUGUGGUUGUGCAAGAGCUUCUGUGAGUGGAUGGGAAUGGCGUGAUUGGGCACGCAAUGCCACUCCAUCAGAAAGAGCUCAAGUGAGAGGCUACCGUGUGAGGAGUAUUCUGUCAGCUCCAGAAAGCAAUGUGUUGAAAAGUUCACAAGUUAAAGGUGCAUCUGCAAGAACAAACCGAGUUAAGCUACGGAACCUGUUAGCGGCUGCUGAAGGCGCUGACCUACUAAAAAUUACCCAAUCAAAGUCAAGGAAGAAGCGAUUGCGUUUUCAGACGAGUAAGAUCCAUGAAGGGGGGCUGGUGGCUCUUGAAUCUAUUGACGCAGAAGAUUUUGUAAUUGAAUAUGUGGGUCAGCUGAUUCGCCGACAGGUUUCAGACAUACGUGAGGCUCAAUAUGAGAAAAGUGGAAUUGGAAGCAGUUACCUUUUCCGUUUGGACGAUGAAUAUGUGGUUGAUGCUACUAAGCGUGGUGGGCUAGCAAGAUUCAUCAACCAUUCUUGCGAUCCAAAUUUCUAUACAAAAGUAAUUACUGUCGAGGGCCAGAAGAAGAUUUUCAUUUAUGCAAAGAGGCGUAUAUAUGCUGGCGAGGAAUUGACUUAUAAUUAUAAAUUUCCACUGGAGGAAAAGAAGAUCCCAUGCCACUGCGGUUCCCAGAGGUGCCGUGGAUCAAUGAAUUAGGAAGUAUAUCAUUCAGGAGGGAACUGCAAUUGGGUGCUAGCGUGGUAUGUAUGUGUGAUACCUGCUUGAAGAUGUUACUGGGCAGAAGUUUGCUGCCGAAAUAUGU